AUGUCUGGACCACCUACCGCACGACUUGUCAGAGCAGGCACUGGUUUCACUGGUGGUAUUACUUUGGGAGCGACUGUAGGAAGGGCGGGUGGACCGGUACUCGAAAUUGUAGGUGGUUUUGCUGGCGCUGUUGCAGGAGCCGGUUUGGGAUAUGGAGCUGGGGUACUUCAUGAUCAUUUAAAUACUCGUGGAAAUGCUAAUUCAGCAAAUCAACAAGAAGCUGGUCAAUCAGGUGCUUCCAAUGUGGGCAACAGCAGUAUCCCACUUGAUACCCUUGAAAUCUUGAAUAGUACCAGAGUGAUUCCUGUUAAUCCUACAAACUCUACCUAA